AUGUCAUUCUCUCAUAGACAGUGCCGCAGUAACAUCAUCAGCCGUUCCAAAUUCCUGGACACGGUGGAUGGUGGUCGGUAUGCCUCUAUUCAGAAACACAAGAAGCCAGAUCUCCGGGGGACGGCGAGGUUGUCUGGUCAAGAGGAGGACAACUUGAAUUCUCAUAUGACAGGUGCAGAUAAUUCCUCCAGUGUCCUCACAGGGUUCGAGGAUUGCAACUAUUUGGGGGCCGAAAACGAAGUGCUUAAUCAUGAGGAGGACCUCGGUUACAAUGCUGGUAAGGCCGCAUCAUCAAAAGCGACAACAUCAACACCGAGGCAGACUACGAAAAUAAUAGCAGAAUCAGCAUCAGAUUCAAAGGCGAAAUCGGCCACCCGGCUUUCUAGUGUUACACCAACUCUCAAAUUGGUUGAUGCGGAUGCUUUACAGACUAUAUUACUUCUACAGUCGCCCAAAGAACUUCAUGAAAGAGUGCGCAGUCAGGACCCUAUUGGAAAUCGGGACUGGACAUUGUCCGAUGCACGCCUUGUGUUCAACACCUGGCGGCGUGAGAUGAAGAAGGUAGGCAUGCUUUUUUUCAACAAAUCGAUUUAA